AUGACAGUGAUAUUGCGCCAUGUUGAUGAAGUGUCAGGCGAUAUUGAAGAGCAUUUCAUUGGAUUUAUACCAGUUGAAAAAAGUACAGCUGAAGAAUUAACAAAAACCAUACUGUUUGAAAUUGAUGAGUUAGGUUUGGACAUCAAAAACUGCAGAGGGCAAGGAUAUGAUAACGGCGCUAACAUGCGGGGAGAGAAAAGUGGUGUUAAAACCAGAAUAUUAAAUAUCAAUCCUUUAGCCUUCUUUACACCCUGUGGUUGUCACAGUUGGAAUUUGGUGCUUGGUGAUGCAGCAGCAUCUUGUUCAAAAGCAAAAUUAUUUUUUGGUGUUUUGCAAAGGUUGUACACACUUUUUUCCAGGUCAUCCAAUAGAUGGUCUGUUUUAAAGGAGAAGGUAAAUAUCAGCCUUAAACCAUUGUCUGAAACUAGAUGGGAAUGCAGAGUUGAGAGUGUAAAGGCUGUCCGUUACCAGCUACAAGAAAUUGCUGAAUGCCUGGAAGAAGUGACACAGAAAAGUAAUGAUCCUGCAUUCUGUAGUGAAUGUAAUUCACUACAAGUAGAAAUUUUGUCAUACGAGUUUGUUUUAUCUUUAGUUGUGUGGUAUGAGAUUUUGGUGAAAAUAAACCUGGUCAGCAAGGUAUGGCAAAAGUCUAAUAUGCAGUUGGAUACUGCAUUAAAACAUUUGGAAGAAUUCAUGUGCUGGUUGGAAGACUACAGACAAAAUGGCUACAAUUCUGCCAUAGUUGCUGCAAACGAAAUUGCAGAAGAAAUGAACAUUGUAAGAGAAUUUCGACAGUGCAGGAUACGCAGGACCAAAAGAAUGUUCGACUAUGAGGGCCCAGAUGAAGCGUUGGUUAACCCUGCAGACAGGUUCAGAGCAGAAUAUUUCAACAUUAUUGUUGAUAAGAUUCAAGCUAGGGCCGAGCCUCGAUUUAAAGGUUUAAAAGACUACGUCAGCAAUUUUGGUUUCCUAUAUGAUAUUUCAUCUUUAUCUAUGAAACCUGAUGAAGAACUUUUAGAAAAUUGUAAAGAACUUGAAGCACUUCUAACUUUACCAAAUUCUCUUGAUGCUGACAUAAGGGGUUUGGAAUUGUACGAAGAGCUACGAAUGUGCACCCGUACUAUGCCUCCAAAAUUGGAUAUGUGCAACUCUCUGAAACACCUCAUUGAUAAUAACUUAACUGACGUUUACCCAAACAUUUAUGUCGCAUUAAGGGUCAUCUUAACAAUUCCAGUCACUGUAGCAUCAGCCGAAAGGAGCUUUUCUAAACUUAAAUUAAUAAAAACAUACCUCAGAUCAUCUAUGAGCCAAGAGAGAUUAUCUGCAUUGGCAAUUUUGUCAAUUGAACACAAUCUGGCUUCAAAAUUAGAUUAUUCAUCUGUGAUAGAUGAAUUUACACAUUCAAAAUGUAGGAGAAUGUUUUAA